CCCGCUCAGAUAGAGGAAGCUAGUUUACAUACGAGUCAUACCAAGCAUAGCCUGCAUGUCUGUGCAGUUAACUUGCAGCGGGCUGUGAGGAGAGCUGGCGCGUUUCGUCUCUGUCACUAAUUGAGGUUUCUAACGAUGAAGAGCCCAGUUUUAAAAGUUUCUGGCCUGUGAGGAUAAAACUUUUAAAAAUCUGUGGGCACAAAUAAAACCUUUUUGCCACAUUCAAAAAGUUUUUUUUUGUGUUUUUUUUUAAAAAGUUAUCUUUUAUUUUGGAUCUGAAAGGCUGGGGCCUUUCAACUUUGGGAUAGAGGAGGGAGAGAGAAAGCAGCUAUUCUGAAGCGCGCUGUCUGGUUAAGCAAACAGCUGGCCUUUUUGCUACCCAGUAAAUGCUACUAAAGAAAAUGGACCUGCUGAACUAUCAGUACUUGGACAAGAUGAGCAACAAUAUUGGCAUCCUUUGCUUUGAAGGUGAAGCUGCACUUAGGAGUGACGGUAGGAUGCAGUCAAUCCCAGUGUCCUCUUCACUCACCAACCACCGCACAGGGCCUCCACCCAUCAGCCCCAACAAAAGGAAGUUCAGCGGGGACCAGGGAGGAGAAGAGAUGGAAAGCGAGAGUGAACAUGUUUCUAAAACAAGCAGGUUAUACGUUCAAGUGACCAAACCAGUCAAUGGGGAUUUUCGAAAAGAUCAACAUAGAGAGCGAAGUCGUAGUCCAAUAGAACGUGCUGCAGUGUCAACCAUGAGCCAUCUCAGCAAUCAUGCCUAUGCUGGCAUAGGACUACCAAGCAUGUCAAUGGAACAGCCUCUAGCACUGACCAAAAAUAGCUUGGAUGCAGCUAGGACAGUCAGCAUUGGUGUGGAACGACAGCAGAAUCGCCCAUCGGUAAUUACAUGUGCAUCUGGUAACAAUCGUAACUGCAACCUUUCCCAUUGCCCUAUUGCUCACAGCAGUUGUGUUCCAGCAAUGCCCCUAAACUACAGGAGACCCUCCAAUUCCUCCAUAACUACUACUACAACUUGUGACCCUGUUGUGGAGGAACACUUUCGCCGAAGUCUUGGAGAGCGGUACAAGCAACCAGAACCUGCGACAAAUUCAGUUUCCAUCACAGGAUCGGUAGAUGAUCAUUUUGCCAAAGCUCUUGGAGAAACAUGGCUUCAGAUUAAGGCUGCUAAAGAUGGUGUUUCCAGCAGCCCUGAUUCUGGCUCAAGAAGAGGACAAUCCUCACCCUCGUCCCAUAUGGUCAAUCACAAUCACUCCCCUUCAGUUGUUUCAUGAAGAGUGGACCACAUUGCAUUCUGUGCUGAGUGAAAUGCAUGGUUUGACUGAGCUUGAACACUGCUAAAUAAGUGGGAGGGGUAUUUUUUUAACUAGACACUUUUGUGUAUUUGCUUAGCAUUUGCAGAAGGGUGCCCUAAAAAAAAUAGCAGGAACUAUUCAUAUAAAUUGUAUGAUGUAGCAUCCUAAUCUCCUGCCUCAGUUACCAAAGAAACCUCUGAUGCAAUUCUGCUGCCCCAAAAAGCCAUGUUAUGAUUGGUUGACCCAAAUGCUUUGGCCUCUGCUAGUUCCUUUGACUAGAGUGUGUGUGGUUUGCUUACAUUGCUUUUCUGUUAUGUAAUUUUGUACGUUUAUAUACUUGAAAAGAACUGUAUGUCUGAUUUGCACUAUUGGGGAGUGGUGAGGUUGCUUGUCAACUUUACAUCAGAUUUUCUUGUUUCGUUAGAUGGCAGACUGCUGACAAUGAGGGCUUCGUAUGAUAUGUAUUGUGCUUUUACAGAGGCAAGAUAGCUUUGGAAGGGAAAGUCUCAUACAGGUAUUAGCCUUUCUCUAGCUUCAGAUUACAAUUUGUGCUUGGUGCUCACAACUGGACUGCAUUUGUUUUCAAAGAACACGGGCAUUUUGUUUUCCUUCACCCUUCAUCUGUAUUUGUCAGCUUGUUCAAAUAGAUUUGAGAAAUGAAGGUCAAUAGUGCUUCUAUUAAAGUAGCUGCAUGAUUUAAAAAAAAUAGCUGGUAUCUAUAUUGUAUAGGCAUAAUGAAAAAUAAUAUUAGAGCUUUUUCUUCAGAAUUGUAGUUUAUUUUCAUCAAUAACAGUCCUAGAUACUUACUGCUGGUACAGUUUUACUCAAUGACAUUUAAGCAUGUAUUCACACUGGUAGAAGCCAGCAAAAGAGGAUAGCCUCAGGAAAGGCCUGCAUAUAAUAUUCAGUAGAUUAUAAAUUCCAUGGUACAGGCAGCAAUAGCUUUGUUCAUGACUGAAUAAUCAAUGCAUAAAACCUGCUUAACAAAGUAAUAGAAUAGCUCCCAUGAUGUCUGUGAAAUCAGACUAAGAUUUACAGCUAAACAAGUCGUGACAUUAUUUGAAACAAAGAGAAGCAUUUGGCUUGGCUUUAAUGUGGUAAUGAAGAUUGUCAUGGCUUGUGGAAUGCAAUUUUAAUUUUUUAUGCUUAUUCUAGUCCUGUGCCAAGGCGUACAUUCCUCUAAUAGUAUACUGCUAUUUUGUUUGUUGUAUUAAUAGCUACUACAACUACUAGUAGAGGCAGAGGUACAGAAAGCAGCUGUGUAAUGCUUUAUAGCUUCCCGAUUUAGCCUUUGUCUUUGAGAAAGUCACACAUGCCCAUACAUUCCGUCAUCCCAGUAAAAACGUACACAUUUCAUCGCCACCUUACUGGGUAGUUACCGCUUGUCUGCUUUGGCAUUCAGUACCCUACUCUGUAGGAAAAUCACUAAAUGAACACUUUUUAUAUAGGUAACUAUAAGACCAUCAUUACGCUGUGCGUAAAGAAUGUACAAAAAAAAAAUUCGUAGGUAUUUUUUGAGGAACAAUUAAUUUGUUAAUGAUAUGUAGCUAUUUAAUUUUCCCUGUCCUUUUUGUUGUAAUCAUGCAUUUUUUUUUUGUUUGGAGAAAAAAGUUGAUCUUUUUUGUUUGGUGUAGAUUUGUCUGUUAUAAGGUAAAAAGUGCAGGAACACAGUUAUCUAUGAAAACACUGCGUUAGCAUUAAUAGCCACUAGUUCAUUACUGCUACAGGCUACUGAGCAUUAUAAUGGUAGAAGGCUGUAGAUGCUGUCUGUGGACUCUAUACGUCUGGUUACUUGGCUGUUUUUGUUAAUGUGAGACAACUGAACAAGAAUACAAACAACAAUCCAGGGAUUGUGGACUAGUUAUAAAUUUCGUGGAGACUGCAAAACAUUCUAAAAUGUAUAGACCAGGUUUGUCUACAAUUUUUAUUACUACAGAGAGCAGAAAUGUCUACAGUGUACUUACUGUUAGUUUCAGUUUGUAAAUUUGAAUUCUAUCCCUCUCGUUUGCGGCCUUGUUUCACCCAAAAUGGAAAAAAGCUUUUGACAGGCCACUUUUUGUACUUAAAGUAGCCUCAAAGAACAAUAAAGUGCUCUUAAAUCAUU